UACAACUACCAAACGAUUGACCAAGACCAUGUCCACCAACCACCACACACUGCCAUCACAACCUCUUGGCCAACACCACCCCUACUGCUACCAUUGUUCGUUGGCUCUCUAGUGAUGUAUAUUCAUUAUACUAAAAGCAAAAUUUCAGCAUCCUAGCUCAGAGUAGCGGAUUUUGCCCAAUUUACAUCGGUUCUACCAAACGCAGAAUUUCUGCAUCCUAGCUUAGUGCAGGAGAUUUUGGCUGGGAGAGGGAUAAUGAAGACAAACCGCAGUUGCAGAAACAGCGGCAAUCGUAAAAUUUGAACAAGAUAUUGUUAUAACAUCUCUGUUUAUCUUUUACAGAGUUAAUAACACCUGUUGGUGUAUCCAGCGUAACGACUUUUGAUGCAAACAGCCUCAACCUCCAAGUUUCACGUAUUCCUGAAGGUAUACAGACAAAUGUUUGCAAAAAUCCUACUUGUCAGUUUCAACAAGAAUAAAAGACAAGCGAUCUUACAAAAUAAUAAUAACAAUAAUAAUAAUAAUAAUAGUAAUAAUAGUAAUAAUAAAAGCAUUUAUUUAUAUAGGAAGAAAAUUACAGCAUAGCAGCUGUGGUCGCGUCAAUCAAAGCCGCCAUCGACCAGCAAUUUUGACGAGUUAUCUAUCUAUACGAGCCUUUUUCCGAGAAAGCGAGGUCAUUUGUUUUCAAGACGACAACCAUGUUAUAAUCUUUCAGUUCCUUUUAAAAAAUCCUCAAAGCUUUCUUGUGUAAAAAACAACGAAGAAAUAUAUCGAGCUUUUUAACAACUGCGACAUAUUAACUAUGCUUUGCUUUGAUAUAAAUGAAAUAUCUAAAGAAGUCUUAACUUUCAAUGAAAUAUUACAACAAUUGUUUAUUACAUUUUUAAUUAAUGUUUUUCUUAUAAUUUUCAUAGUUUCCUCAAUUUUAUUCGUUUUCUUGGCGUUGUCGCCCUUCUCCUCUUCAGCCUUAGGCACUACCUCCUUCCAGACAUAAAAAGAGAAAAAAAAACAUAGGACUUUGUGGCGCCUGAAAGAGCAUAAGAUGAAAGUCGAUUCAAGCUAAAAAGUGCUACAAGUACGGUGCAUUACAACUAAUCAACAAUUCGUUUCAUGGUGCUCUUCUUCGUAUCUUGCAGAUUUGCUGCUUACAAGUGUUUUAACAGACGUCAAUGUAAAGGAUGACGUUGCUCGCGGUUUGGAUCCGGCCGGUCCUCUAGGAACCUCGAACUGGAUCCAUCUCGCUGAGGUAUUACAAAUACCGGACGAGAUUAUAAUAUGGUGUCAGAAUCCUCACUGCAGUCCAAGCAAACACAUGCUCGAGUUUAAAGAAGCCGUGGAUCCCGACUUCUCAGUUCAGCAACUCAAAGAUGGACUCCACGCCAUUUCCAGAAAUGAUCUCGUCAAAAAACUUAAAGAAUGUAAACUUCCUGGUAAGUCUGAGCUUCCCGUUUAGGUCCCUAAUGUUGAUUCUGAUAAACGUUUCAUUGUUUCUUUCCUCCACCGAUAUGCAUAUCGAUUAAGGAAGCAAUCUGACUUCCAGAUUUGUAAUGCGUGCUUUUACGAGCUGAUACCUUGUCUCCCACUUAAUUUGAUGAAGCUGAACUGACUUGACAACAUGUACCAAAAUUAGCUGCAUAUUUAUUGCAAAAAAAUCCAAAUGGAUUAUACUUAGAGGGUUUUUGAUUAAACUAUAAUACACGAGCUAAGUCAUAGUUGGUAGAGGAGACUGGUUAGGAAAGCCGGCAAACAUCAAAGUUGAAAGCAACGGUGCUGUAGUUUAUGUUGGAAGCUCCCUGACCGUGCACAAUCAUUUGCUUUUUGUUCACAAAUUGUGACUGAAUAAAUUAAUGCGAUGUUUCAAUUGGUCACCAAGUUCAAAACGAUAGCAAUGCUAUUGAACUUAGUGCACCGCCAGGUCCAAAAAAGCGAACAAAAACAUAUAACAAAGGAGUUAGCCUGCGUAGCAGGCGCUUGGAAGUAGUGGGCACAAGAAAAAACGGGCGCGCGAGAAGGAGACACGCGAGGGGAGAGGAAGCGCCUGCACGGAAGGCCCCCGAAAAUCGUUUCCCGCCCCCUCUCUAAUUACUUGGCAGCCGUUGCGUGAUCUGUCAAAAGUUUUGACAGAAAGCGACUGGACCUCGCACAAACAAAGCAAGCCGCCAAAAAGCGUUGUACAUUUUAUCUUCGGUCUAAAUAUAUCUGUUAUAAAGAUCAGCUGGGUUAUCUGAUUAUAGAGCGAUGGAGCAAUAAACUGAUUGUUAACACACAGCUUUAAAUCGUUUUUAACCAUGGGCACAAUAAAUAGGAAAUAACAAAGUCAAAACUGGGUAUCUUUUAAAGAAUGCAUGCUGUGUAUUAUAAAAGCUAAAAAUAUUGUUCUGGUCAGACACCAACGAUCACAGCGUACGUGGAAAAUGACCAUAUUGCUUUUUACUGCGCUAACUGGCAGCCGUUUUUGGAGCAGACAUGUCUUACUAAGCGGACCUAAACCUCAGAACACAAACUGUACCGACAUGUUUUCUACUGCAGUAAUGAGACAUAAACAACAGACCUCAGGUCGCCUCCGAAAGGCGAAUAGUACAAUAGUGAAAUGUUUUUUUCAAAUUCAUGCCCCUGGUAAGUGUUUCAUUUCAUCAAUCAUGUCCAAGUUUGAUGGUAUACGUUCCAUCGACAACACAAGCCGCCAAGUUCUCCUGAGCAAAGAAUAUUUCCUCUGAUCUUCAUUGCAACGAUUCGACAAAUCUUUUGUCUCUCGCCACUUCUGCUGAUGCGUAUCCGAUGUCAAUUCUUUCCAUCGUGAAUACCGUUUGAACACUCCAACUUUUCUUUGAGAUUACAGCCACAUAGUCCCAUUAAACCAGAUUGAAGUGACCUCCGAGACCUGAACUUCGAUUGUAUACAAUUUAGUGGUUUCAGGACCCAGUGGUGUAAUGCAAGAUCUUCACUACGUUGUCCAUGUACUAUUGAUUGACAGUUUUCUCGCCCCGCGCGGUUAAUUUUUCCCUCGGGAGCCUCUCGACCAAUUGGAAAUAUCCGCACUCACAGAGUGCGAGUUGAAACGAUUUUCGGGGGCCUUCCGUGCAGGCGCUCCCUCACCCCUUGCGUGUCUCCCUCGCGCGCGCCCGUUCUCUCUUUCGCCCGCUACUUCCAAGCGCCUGCCACGCAGGCUACAAAGGAGUCUAACGAGUUUCCUAACCAUACCACUUUAAUAAAUAUGGCUAAGUGGAAUUCACGUUCAUUACCUAAUCUCCUACGUGCGUUAUUUGCACAGAUACUGCACCAUUGCGAGACCUCCGUGAACAUCACCCCAAGACCUUUAAGUUCAUUUGCAUGCACCUGGAUUUAAAGCAUUAUUGGCAAGAGCUGGGGGAAAAGAUCAACAUCCCGGACAAGAAGCUGCAGCGAAUCGGUACUUCCUCUACCUGUGCAAAAACGGUCCUUGAGAUCAUCGAAAAAAGAAACCCUAAGCUGACUGUGCUGGAGAUAAAGCUUGUCUUAAAAGAUAUGUCGAGAAAAGAUGUGUGCGAUGCGCUGGAUAAAUAUCUGCCACCAGGUAUAAUUUCUUAUAAAUUUCAAUAUGCAGGAAAUAUUCGAUACUUACUCUUAUAACGUCACCCAAUAUGAGCAAUAGUGGUAGACAACAAGAGCCUAAUGAUUACUUAGAGUAAUAGGCUUCUGCAAACGAUCGAAGUGCACAAUAUCGUUAUCACAGUCAGCAUCUUCCCUCGGCCAACUCGCGCCAUAGGAUUGAACGGAAGAGGCUUGAAAAAAACGGGAGCGAAAGUUCGUGGCCUGAAUUCCAGCAUAUGUUAGACGCUUUUUGCAUUUCCUGGAGAAUUUGGCUCUUGCCUUGCGACGCCAUUUCUGAAUUUACUUUAUUUGAUAGGCAUCCAAAGUGAAUUCCCCUGGCACUCUUGACGGUGAUGUAUACGUAACAUUGAUCUCAUCGAGGAUGACUGGGAAUCCAGCUGUAUUGUAGUAUAGAAUUCGACAGUUUUUCCCUUAUCUGACAUUUCGCUUCACAUCUUGAUUGCUUUUUGGUGCGAACGUGUACUAUAAAAAAAAUACCUUUACCUCUUUCUGCUUACCGGUAUCCUGGUUUUUGUAUUAGGUUUACUUAACUGCAACUAUAUCAUUCAGAUAAUUUGACAAAACAAAUUUGCCUUUUGUUUUUUUUGAUAUGCAUUUUGAUAUACCAGCCAGGGGAGAAUAUAAUUUAUUUGAUCUUGUACCCUUAUUUAUAAUAUUUUCCAUUUUCACAGAGAGUUGCCACACAAUUAAAACUGUUUGUGAAAACCCAUACUGUUUGGAAGAGGUAGCCACCUUGUUAGAAAAAGAAGCUCGAGGAGUAGAAAACUGGCUGCAUUUUGCUUGGAGGUUUGAUGUUCCCAAAGAGAUAUGUGAAAGUUUAAAGCCCAAAGAAACACCAAGUCCAACCAGAGCGUUAAUGGAACACAUCGUUCAAGAUAAACCAGACAUGACAGUCAAGACGUUCAUGAAAGCGUUAAUGAAGAUACAACGUACAGAUGUCGUGAAGGCUUUACUAACGCGGCUUUCCUGGUAA